CCUCCCCGCCCCUCCGACUCCGCCCACUGUCGCGCGCCUCACACUAAAAACCCCUCUCGAGGUCCCGCCCCUCCCGCCCCGUCCCCGUCCGCGUCUCAUUUUCCUUGGCCCCGCCCCUCUGGCUGAGAUCCGGUCCCUCCGAAGCCCUGCCUCUCCCACAGAAGCCCCGCCCCGCCCGCCUAGGCUUUAGACCCCGCGGGUUCGGUUUGGGUCAGCGCUGUUUUGGGCCAAGAUGGCGUCCGUGUGCAGCCGGGUAAUGGGGCAGCGCGUACUGUACUCGAGCCGGGAACUCCUUGGACCCUGGCGCGCCUUGCACACCUCUGCCAUCUGCGCCAAGAACCGGGCGGCCCGUGUGCGCGUGAGCAAAGGGGACAAGCCGGUGACCUAUGAAGAGGUGCACGCCCCACACUACAUUGCUCACCGGAAGGGGUGGCUGUCGCUGCACACAGGCAACCUGGAUGGAGAGGACCACGCUGCGGAGCGAACGGUGGAGGAUGUAUUCCUUCGAAAGUUCAUGAUGGGUACUUUCCCGGGCUGCCUGGCCGAUGAGGUGGUCCUGAAGCGCCGGGGCAACCAGGUGGAGAUCUGUGCCCUGCUCUUGAGGCAGCUGCCUGCACACAAGGUCUACUUCCUUGUGGGCUACAGCGAGACCUUGCUGUCACACCUUUACAAGUGUCCUGUGCGACUCCACCUGCAGACUGUGCCUUCAAAGGUCGUGUAUAAGUACAUCUAGGAUGAUAACCUGCUGGAGAAUGGAGCUGGCAGGGGACAGAAAUGUGGGAAGGACAGAAGUAGAAGGGCUGCAUCGCCUCACAGGAAGAAGGCUGGCCUCUGCUGCUUUGGAACUUAGGGCUUCACGUUCUCUUGCCCCUCUAUUCUGCGGGGAGGAAACUACAGUUGAGUUUCUGAGGUGCUGUGGGGUGUAUAGUGUAGCUACUGCCUGUGGUCACUGAGGACCUUGCGCAGUCUUCUUUCCCAAGCACUUUACCCAGAAUUGCUUGUUUCUGUCAAAACGAGAAGGUCUCAUUUGAGUGAUAAUAAAAAUGAAAACAGUCUGGA